AUGACUUGGAAAGUCGAUGGGACAUUGCAAAAUGACAAUGUACCUGGUAAUAUUCUGGUAAUACCUUACUUGGUUCCACAAGGAAUACAAAGGACGAUAAUAGGCGCGGCAAUCUGUGUUUCUUCUCAGUCAGCUAACAUAUGUGGAUAUGGGGAAGCAAAACGGAAAGCCUUACCUGUGCAGGCCCAGUCGAAGAGAUGGUGGUUGAAUGAGGUGGCGGGUAGGAUUAGUGGUUGGUGUAUGGUGGGAUGGGUACUGUAUGGUGCGACUGAGCAGGAAUGUGGCAAAGCUAUGAGGGUAACACUUACAGUGCUGGAUGGUGGAGAUGGGGUACACACGACGUGUCCACGCAAUGGGACAAGUGCAGAGGAUCCCGGCGUAGACCCAUGA